AUGCGGCAAGUGGGGAUGGAGAAAUGUAGGAAUGAGGUGGGGGCUGAGGGUGGAUGUAAACACAAAGGUUGUGCAAAGCGGCAGUCACGUGGCGCGUUCGCCGGGGGCGCAUCACUCUUAAGGGUGGUAUCGCCACAAGAAUAUAACGUAGGAAAAUUUAAAUUAGUCUUACAUAUCUUCGUGUUUUGUUUACGUCUAAUUGUGUUAAGGCUGCUAUUGGUGGAUGUACGUCUAGUUCCG